AUGUUUGGGUGCCCCCCCCGCAGCACCCUGAGGAGAAGGGUCCUGAGGAGCCCCCCCCCGGCACCUCCCUUCGAUGCUGCCACUCAGGCCCUGAUUGAUGCUGCCCAGCAGGCCCGCGAGGAGCUUGAAGAGGCUGAACGAGCCCUCAAGGAGGCUGAGGAGUCUAUCAGGGCCCUGGAACAGGAGCUGGCCUUCGACUUCGGCCCCCAGGGCGAGUUCUCCUACCUGUACAACCAGUGCUACGAGCUGGGCACCAGCGAGUACAUCUACCGCCUCUGCCCCUUCAAACGCGUCUCCCAGAAACCCAAACACGGCGGCGCCGAGACCAACCUGGGGACAUGGGGCGCCUGGGCCGGCCCCGAGCACGAUCGCUUCAGCGCCAUGAAGUACGAGCACGGGACGGGCUGCUGGCAGGGCCCCAACCGGGCCACCACGGUGAAGCUGUCCUGCGGGACGGAGACGGCGGUGACGGCCACCACGGAGCCCAGCCGCUGCGAGUACCUGAUGGAGCUGGUGACGCCCGCGGCGUGUCGCACGCCCCCCUCGCACGAGGACCACGACGAGCUCUGACCCCGGGUACCGCCGUCCACACGCACGCCCCCCCCCCCCCGCCUCGCACGAGGGGACACCCACCUCGCACGGGGAACCCCCCCCCCCCACCCCAGCUCGCACGAGGACUCCCCUCGCACGGCCGCAGUAUCCUGGCUGUGCCUCUGUUUUUCCGGGGGGGGGGGAACCGUUCCCUCAGGGGGACAAUCCCUGCUGCUCUUGUCCCCGGCGGGGCGGGGGGGGCUGACAGCAUGGUCCCUGCCUCGGUUUCCCUCACCCACAGCCCUGUGGGAGCUGCCAGGACCUCAAGGGACCACAACCCCCCUGCCAGGACCUUUAUGGGGGGGGGGGACGGGGACGACACACACAGGACGACACUGUGACUGAGCCGGGGGGGGGG